AAACGAUAUACUUUAUCCUCUUGUUUUUGCAGUCAUUCUCCUAUCAGUGUGGGAAAUGGAAUCAUCGACGAACACGAGAAGAAAAAGCUCUCAAAUCUCCGAACGACCUCCCAAGCGCCUCGUAUUCGAUCGUCGUUACGGUUGGGUGUUUGAUGAAUGGAAAGACCCAGCAGAGGAAGCUCUUGCAGGCGGCCGCGGAAUGUUUUGCAUAUUGCCUCUAGCUAAGGCUUUCUUGAAGACAGCUUCACAGUCGAUCAACCUAGCGGCCAGUUCUGCUGUGAAAGUUUUUGAGAAGCCAGACCUCCUCUCCCCUCAGGUGCUACAUGCCAGCCUUAAUGAUCAGCUUCACAAAAUAAUGUCUUCCAUUCGGAAACCAGAAGUCAAUAUGUUUGUUGGCGAGGAAAAUUCCUCAUCACAUGCUUCUACCAGUUUCCCUGCGCAGCCACAUUUGGAAAGUGGAGAAUCUCAAGUGCCCUGAUAUGCUGAUUUUGGGCGCAAACUCCUAGUUGAUUUUAGGCAUUAAACAACAAACACAUUAUUCACCAAAUUUGCUUGCUAUGUAACAUUAAGAUAGUAUCAAUUAUCAAAUGUUCUUACUUCCAGGUGAUUUUUAGGCGCACAAAGAACCCGAACCCAGUUCUGGGGACUCAAUUUUGCUGAUUUACUUUUGCAUUUCUUAUGCUGAUAUUGCAGAAGUGAAGAACAUUUUACGUUUGUAUCU